UCAGGGUCUCCCAAGUACCAUAAUCAGAAAACAGUUCAAAUUUUUCCAACCAUGGAGGGCGACGGCGGUGACCUGAACCAGCUGGCGCUGCAGCUUGUCAUGGACUGGCUACCCACCCAGGACGUGGUCAGCGUCGGACAAGUCUGCCGGAAGUGGCGGGAGGUCGCAAAGGAUCCUUUCGUGUGGCGUUCGCGUCAAGCGCCGGACAUGAACCGAUCGCCCGAGGCGUCCGACAGAAAAUUAUUUUGGCGAGUCAUCAAAUUUGCACCAUUUGUACGGAAGAUGAGCGUGGAGCAGCCGGAAGAAUUUCUUGGAGGACAGUGGCCUCAGUUCUACGAAAGCCUUGGCAACGAAGACACCGCUAAAGUUUUAGGACUACAAGACACUGACCACAGCAACAACAACAACUCAGAAACCGCUAUGGGGUGCCACGAUGAGUCGGUGUGGGAAUCGGAUGAGCCAGAGUCUCUCAAUAAACUCAAGGCAUUGGGCCAACAAGAAGCCAACAACAGUGACAACUCUGAACCCACAGUGGCCUGCCAUGAUCAGUGGUCGUUCGAAUUGAGAGAGCCAGAUUCACCCACAAAAUACAAGGCAUUGGGCCAACUAGAAGCCAACAACAGUGACAACUCUGAACCCACAGUGGCCUGCCAUGAUCAGUGGUCGUUCGAAUUGAGAGAGCCAGAUUCACCCUCAAAAUACAAGGCAUUGGGCCAACAAGAAGCCAACAACAGCGACAGCUCUGAAUCCGUAGUGGCUGGCCAUGAUGAGUGGUCGUUUGAAUCGAGAGGGCCAGAUUCACCCACAAAAUACAAGUUGAAACAGCUUGAAGUCAGAGUUGAAUACCUGUCACAUCAAAUGGAGCACUUGCAGUGGCACAAUGCAAUGUAUAGAAGUGCAUUGGCAGCUAUACCUUCUGGCCCUCAGACAUUCAACAUCAUGAGAGAAGUUAUAAAAGAGAAGAGGUCAAAAACUCCAUUAUGCCUUGAAUGUGAAAAAGAUGAUUUGAUUUCUAAACUGGCGUCAUACCAAAAUGCAUGUCCACUACAAGAAUCUCAACUUCAAUCGCCUCCCUCUUCUUCAAUUUCACCAGUGUUUUGCUCGACAAAGAGGAAAAGGCGACAGAAGAAAACAGAAGAAAACAGUGAAUAUCUUCCACUUUAAUAACUUAGAUUCUAUGAUUUUUAUUAUGAGUUUUAUUAAAAUGACAACAUAUUAAUUAGAAUAAAUGU